GCACCACCAUGCCGCCGUUACAGUUCUGGAAGCCCGGCGCCGUGGCUCCAGGCUCGUCGCUGGACCGUGAGACGGAGAACGAAGGCACGAUCGUCGCGUCGAGCUCCAAGCUCGCCAACCUCAGCCUCGAGGCGCAGCGGGCGCGGCUGCCAAUCUACAAGCACCGAGCCAAGCUGCUCUGGUGUGUAGAGCGGUACCAGGUUGUCAUUGUCGUCGGGCAGACGGGCAGCGGAAAGUCGACUCAGAUCCCACAGUACCUCCACGAAGCAGGGUGGACGUCCGAGUCCCGCGUGGUGGCAUGUACCCAGCCCCGAAGGGUCGCUGCGACCUCGGUCGCGACGCGCGUUGCCGAGGAAGUCGGCAGCGUGCUCGGCGACGAGGUGGGGUAUACCAUCCGCUUUGAGGACCUCAGCAACCCCACGCGCACAAGAAUAAAGUACCUCACGGACGGGAUGCUCUUCCGCGAGUGUAUGCAGGACCCGCUGUUGAGCAAGUACAGCGUGGUGAUGAUUGAUGAGGCGCACGAGCGGGGUGCAUACACCGACCUCUUGUUGGGCUUACUGAAGAAGAUUAUGAAGAAGCGUCCGGAGCUGCGCGUUAUCAUCUCGUCGGCGACGAUCGAUGCCGAGGACUUCUUCGAGUACUUCAACACAAAUUCGGACGGGACGGACAGGUCAAAAGACGACGCGACCAUCGUCAGCCUCGAGGGCCGCAUGUUCCCCGUCGAGGUGUGCUACCGCAAGGAGCCCGUCGUCGACUACGUCCAGGCCGCAGUGGACACGGUGUAUGACAUCCAUCUCAAGGAGCCGGCGGGCGAUGUGCUCGUGUUCCUAACGGGUCGAGAUGAGAUUGACGGGGCGAUCCAGCAGCUGGCUGACAGGAUGGAAACACUACCCCGCGGCGCGCCAAAGAUCCUCGCCCUGCCACUCUACGCCACCCUCCCGCCUGAAGAACAGGAGAUCAUCUUUGACCCACCACCACGGGACACACGCAAAGUCAUCUUCGCCACAAAUAUCGCCGAGGCGAGUGUCACCAUCGACGGGAUCAAGUAUGUCGUCGACUCUGGCUUUGUCAAGUUGAAAACGUUCAACCCACGGACAGCAAUGGACGUGCUCACCGUCACGCCCUGCUCAUUGGCCUCGGCCAACCAGCGUGCGGGACGAGCAGGCCGUACGUCCGCCGGCAAGUGCUUCAGGCUGUACCCCGCGUCCGUGCUGCCCACGACCAACCCAUACUCUGCGAUGCCGAUCACGACGCCGCCAGAACUCGUCCGCUCCGACAUCAGCAUGUACGUUCUCCAGCUCAAGGCUCUUGGCAUCGACAAUGUGGCCAAGUUCGACUUUAUGAGCCCCCCGCCAAGCGACAUGAUGAUUCGUGCUCUCGAGUUCCUGUACUCGCUCAAGGCGAUUGACGACGACGGACACUUGACCAAGCCUCUCGGCGAGCGAAUGGCCGAGCUGCCGUUGGACCCAAUGAUGGCGACGAUUCUCCUCAACUCGUUCGACUUUAGAUGUGGCGAGGAGAUCCUCACAAUUGCAGCCAUGACGGCGGUGCAGAACGUGUUCAUCCUGCCGCAGGGAGGCAUGCGCGAGGCCAUGGCUGAGAUUGAGCGGCGCAAGUUUACCGCCGAGGAGGGUGAUCACAUUACGCUGUUGAAUGCGUACAACGCGUUCAUUCGCUAUGGCCAGCGCGACAAGUCGUGGUGCGGCAACCACCGGCUCAACUUCAAGGCGCUGUCGCGAGCCGUGUCUAUCCGGAAACAGCUGAAAAAGUAUCUCGACAGGUUUGGUAUCCCGGUGGUCAGUUGCUCUGGCGACGCGGUGCGGCUGCGCAAGUGUCUCGUGUCGGGCUACUUCAAGAACGCCGCGCGCAUGUUGCCAGACGGGACAUAUCGCACAGCACGGGAAGGGGCAAUCCUCCACGUCCACCCCUCGUCCGUCAUGUUCACCCGCCAGCCCAGCACCGGCUGGGUCAUCUUCCACGAGGUGCUCGAGACGACCAAGAGCUUCAUGCGGGACUUGACCGUCGUCGAAGAGGAGUGGCUCGUCGAGCUUGCGCCACAUUACUACCAGUUCAAGGGCGGGGGCAUCAAGAAGCACUAGGGGUGUGCCUUUUGUUUAAUAGGUGCAAGAUCACACACCGAAGCUUAAUAGAACGGAACUACCACAUGCAUAGCCACAGG